AUGCCGACACUCAUCGUUGGUCAAAGUGUAUUUGAUCCAUCAACAAUGACCGACGCUGGAUGUUUCGGUACGAAUCAAUGGACCAUGUGGUUUAAUUCAGAUGCUCCAACCUUGACCAAAGGAGACUUCGAAGUUACAAAAAACUUACAACAACAAUUUUCAGCAUUUAUGUGUCCAUCACCAAUUGCCAUCCAAACGCGUACAGUAUCGGAUGGUGACCCAUCAGCCACGGGUGAUGUCUUCAAAAUGACCGUAGGGGAUGGUUUACUGUGUUUGAAUCAGUAUGUAAUUGGCUUUAAAAACAAACAAUGCGCUGAUUAUAAAGUACGAUAUUGUUGUUCGACAAUUCUUACGUUUAAAACUGAUUCAAAGAUAACUGGCACUUGUACACAACCAGCUUAUGAAUGGAAAAUAUGGUUAAAUUCAAAUAAGCCAUAUUCAGGAGGUGAAUUUGAACUUGUUCCACAUUAUUAUGAGAUAUUUCGUGGUCAACCGUUUGUAUGUCAAAAUCCAACAGGAUUAGAAGUGAAAACAUCCGAUGAUCGAGAACCGGAACAAACAAAUGAUACAUUUCGAUUUACGUUAACAGAAGUACAAGACGCGACAUCGUUUAUUGAUAAUCGUAGUUCAUUUACAAUUCAUUAUGCAUUAUGGCCACUUUUAUCAUUAGUAUUUUUAAUUAUUGGUGUAUGGUUUAUUGUUUAUUUAAUGACAAUAUUUUGUCGAUCACAAAAUGAUCAACAAAAAAAUUUUGCCUCAUAUUAUACAACACAGGAGAGUAUGGUUAGAGAAAUAACGAUAAAACGAACGAAUAAUCAAGACACUGAAACAUCAUCAAUUGCACAACAUUGUGUUUAG